AACAAACCGCCCCCCCGCCCCCCGAGCCCACCGCCCGUGCCGAGCCCCGGACAUGGCGGCGCCGGGAGGGGGCUCCGCCAGCUGCGGGUGCUGAUCCGGCCGCCGCGUCCCCCUGCCCGCCCGUCCUUCCCCGCCCAUGGGCGAGACAUGGACUACGAGUUCAAGUCGAAGCUGGCGGCCGAGCGCGAGCGGGUGGAGGACCUGUUCGAGUACGAGGGAUGCAAGGUGGGCAGAGGCACCUACGGGCACGUCUACAAGGCCCGCCGCAAGGACGGAAAAGAUGAAAAGGAGUAUGCACUGAAGCAAAUUGAAGGUACAGGGAUAUCCAUGUCGGCCUGUAGAGAGAUUGCACUUUUACGAGAGUUGAAGCACCCAAACGUGAUUGCAUUGCAGAAGGUUUUCCUUUCUCACAGUGACAGAAAGGUUUGGCUGCUGUUUGAUUAUGCUGAGCAUGAUUUGUGGCAUAUUAUCAAGUUUCACCGUGCCUCAAAAGCAAAUAAAAAGCCCAUGCAGUUGCCAAGAUCUAUGGUUAAAUCCCUACUCUACCAGAUCCUCGAUGGAAUCCAUUACCUCCAUGCAAACUGGGUGCUUCACAGAGAUCUGAAACCAGCAAACAUUCUGGUAAUGGGUGAAGGUCCUGAAAGAGGAAGAGUUAAAAUAGCUGAUAUGGGUUUUGCAAGAUUGUUUAACUCGCCUUUGAAGCCAUUGGCAGACUUGGAUCCAGUUGUGGUGACAUUCUGGUACAGAGCUCCAGAGCUGUUACUUGGGGCCAGACAUUACACAAAGGCCAUUGAUAUUUGGGCAAUCGGCUGCAUAUUUGCUGAACUGUUGACUUCAGAACCUAUAUUUCACUGUCGCCAGGAGGAUAUCAAAACAAGUAAUCCUUUUCAUCACGAUCAGCUAGACCGCAUUUUCAGUGUAAUGGGAUUCCCUGCAGAUAAAGACUGGGAAGACAUAAGGAAGAUGCCAGAAUAUCCAACUCUUCAGAAAGAUUUUAGAAGAACAACAUAUGCCAAUAGUAGCCUCAUAAAAUACAUGGAGAAACACAAAGUCAAGCCUGACAGCAAAGUUUUUCUUUUGCUUCAGAAGCUUCUUACUAUGGACCCUACCAAGAGAAUUACCUCAGAGCAGGCUUUGCAGGACCCUUACUUUCAAGAGGAUCCUCUGCCUACAUCAGAUGUGUUUGCUGGCUGUCAGAUUCCAUAUCCAAAAAGAGAAUUCCUCAAUGAAGAUGAACCUGAAGAGAAAGGGGAUAAGAAUCAGCAGCAGCAGAAUCAGCAUCAGCAGCAAACAGCACCUCAGCAGCAGCCGCAGGCAGCGCCGCAGCAGCCGCAGCCGCAGCAGCAGAACAGCACCCAGACCAACGGGACGGCGGCGGGCGCCGGCGCCGGAGCAGGGGGUGCCGGCGCGGGGCUCCAGCACAGCCAGGAUUCCAGCCUCAACCAGGUGCCUCCGAACAAGAAACCACGCAUAGGGCCUUCAGGCGCUAACUCAGGCGGGCCUGUCAUGCCUUCAGAUUAUCAGCACUCCAGCUCACGCCUGAGUUACCAAAGCAACAUUCAGGGAUCUUCUCAGUCCCAGAGUACAAUGGGCUAUUCCACAUCGUCUCAGCAGAGCUCUCAGUAUCACCAAUCUCAUCAGUCUCACAGGUAUUGAGAGGCCUGAUAGGCUGCACUCAGAAAGGAAUGGACUAGAAGCCAGAAGACUCCAGCAAUAUGAAGUUCAUAAUGAUGAGAAGACCAAAAAUACAAACUGUGAUGCAGAAUUAAAAUUCAUGAUGAUAAAAGGAAAACUUCACUCACUGAAGACUUCCCCCACCCCUGCCUCAUCUCCAUCCCUUUACUGCCAUAAAGGAGAUUCUUGUGAAGUUUUCCUUCCUCUCUGCCCUUGCAUGUGCUCCAUUGUGGUUACUCUAAUGGACCCUUCUGAUCUGAACCCAGCACUUAACUUCUUUAACCUUUGGAAUUUUGAAGGAUUCCUGGUGCACCUUCCUUAUGCUGUAGUGAUUGCCAUAAAUCUGUCUUUUCAAUCUCUUUGAUGGGAUUUUAAAGUUUUAAAAUCUUGAACUCCCAGGCUUUCAAGCUUGUAUAUAGUUAGUUUUAUACUAGGCAAACCAGUUUAGCUAUACAGGUAUAUUGCACCUUUUUAAAGCACUAUGUUAUUUUCACAGGAUAUUACUGUUUUGCUCAUGGAUGUCAAGAACAGCAAAAUUUUACUGUUCCAGAGUAUUUUACUAUUCUGUUUUUAUUAGUCUAGUUUUCAGGCAAAGUAUUAAAAAUAAAAAAUUUUUAAAAUUAAUAAAAUGAAAAAAGAAAAAUGAAAAAGAAGAAAACCCACCCAAGUCUCUGCAGCAACAGAUAUGCUUCAUGCUACUGGACUGAACACCAAACAGAAGAUUGCUGAUAUUUCUUAACUCAUUCACAUUGAAUUCUUGAAAUCACAGUGAUCAUGCUCUGAGUAGUUUUAAAUUAAGCAUUACUUUAAAUGAAACCAGGACAGUCACAUAAAAAGGAGAUGCUUUCAGGAUCUGUUGGAACAGGAGAAUGGAAUGUCUUCCCAGGCUGGACACCAAAAUAGUCAGGAAAAUGUAUUUACUGCCCUCAAGUCUCAGUAGGAAUGUGGAUGACGGGCUUUUUCUGUUUUUCUGCUAAGUAGCUUAUUAAUGUGUGUGAGAGUUCUGUAAAUUUAGCUUUCUUUCACAUUCCUGAGUCAGUUCUCAAAAUUUAAAGGUGACAGAAAUACUAAGACUUGCAAAAACAAAUGCAUUGAAUCAUUUUAUGUUAGAAUUUAUAAUUAAGAGAAACUAUUGUGCAGUUUGAAAAGCAUGUUGAAAAUUUUUCCUUUUUCUUGUUUAUAAUGCAUAUUCUGUGUCCUUCACAUUGCUGUGAUUAACCAGAUUAGUUACACCAGAUGCGCUUGAUUGCACUGAAAUGUUUCUUUUUCCCUAGAGCAAACAUGUUUUGAUUGUGCCUAAGGGACUGUAAGUGGAUGGGUAGCUGGCAGAAAAUCCCUAGUAAUUAAGCAAGAGUUCAGAAGCAUAAUCAGAGGAUUAUUGUCCAACUUCUGGAACCACAGUUACUCGAAGAGACACAACAUAUAAUUUGGGACAGCUUCAUUUUUGCUUCAGCCUUCAGAAAUGAGGCUGACUCUUGUGGCAGAAAACCUGGAGGAAUGCAUUUGGAAAACUACUGGCAGUGUAAAAUGAGUGAGCUUCUACAGUUGGUGUCCACAGAGAAGAGGUGAAGUGAGAGGAGUUUCGAUGUAAAUGGUCAGUGUUCCAGGUUUUUUUACUGCAGAGUGUUCUCUUCUGUCCUGUGCCCAAAAAAAAAACCUGUGUGCCCGUACGCAUUCACAUUGAAGUUGUGAUCAGAUGUAGCAAGAUGAGUAGAUGUGUUUGCUCUGAGGAGAAUGCUUUUCAUCACAGCUAGUCACAUACAUGGUUCUACUGGAUUUGAUCUCCCAAUCACAUUUAGUGCCCCCUUCCUCCUCAAACUCGUGUUGUUUUCCUACUUUUUCUGAGCAGUUGUUUUGCUUCGGCAAUACCUACCAUCAUGUGAUUUUGACAACGCCCAGCUGCUCUGGAAAAGCAGCCACAACCUGCUUUUGUAAUCAAAUGGAUAAGAAGGUGGUGAAAAAUUAAAUGAAGCAAUUGGAAGGAAAAAAAUAUUUCUGGGAGAAAAGAAUCUCCCGAAGGAUACUUCCACUGUGUAACCCUUGAAAUGCUACAUUUUAUACAUACUGUAGUACCCUGUUUGAAAGAACAGGUUUUAAUUGUUCCUUUAUUUCAGUGACUCUGGGGUGACAUUCUUUCUGUCUCACCCCUUACUGAUGUUAGGAUGAGGUACUUUUGAUCAAAUGGAUAUUUGGCCAAUGCCAUUAAGUAAAACUUCUUUUAUACUUCUGCGAUUUGAAUGUCACAUUCCUGGAAAUUAACUUACGGCAAAGUGAUUCUUGUCCCCUCCUGUUCUUUUCAUCCUUCUGUUCUCUCAAAAUUAUUUCGUCUUUUCUACUACAGUUAUCUAACGUUUCUUCUCCCUGCUGUGACUUGCAGCUGAUCAUCAAAAUUCAUACAAGAUCAGGAGGUGGCAGGGAACCAUAUGGUUAGUUAAGGUUGGCUCUUGUGCCAAUAAGGCAAAAUCAUGGUGUAGAUUAAUCAAUGUGUAGAGUGUGAAACUUCACAGCAAUGUAAGGUGCUUUAAUUGAGUGAGCUUCCAGCUUCUAGAAUGACUGCCACAACCUCUCUAAGCUGCACUUGCAUUUCUUGCCUUGGUUAGGUUGAUAGAUGACCACAUGCCACUCGUCUCUAGCUUUUGUGUGCACAGGUGAAGCCAAGCUGACUUCCUCCGUUCCCUCAAACUCACAACCAGGAGGAGAGCAAAUAAAAGCAACAGUGCUGGCUGCGAAAUGUAGGCUCUGCACACUCUUGUAGUCCUUUGUGGUAGUGAAACAAUUUGCCUUUUCUUGGGAGCUUGAUGCAUGCUGCCAGGGUGGGUGGCAGUCAUAGUGGAAGAAGCCUUGCUGCCUAGGGGUUAUCCCGUGAGGUAAAAACUCUCCACUUUCAGAAGUGAAUAGUGCAGUUUGUCAUGGGAAACCAGGACCAUGUCCUUUUUAUGUUAUUUUUUGCCUGUGCAGUUUCAUUAUUACUCAGCUCUGUCUCUGCCCAUAACCUGUAGACCCUCACCGAAGUGUUUCACACCUGUACCGAGAGGCGUAGAGCCGUCUCCUCCAUCCUGGUGGGAGAGCGGGCUGCUGAGUACAGCUUUUCCCAUUGUGGCUCAGAGGAAACAAACGUGGGGAAUUAAUGGGAUGAGCAGCCUGGUCCACGUUGGUGAGGUUUAUGUAGCACAAACUGCACAAUGAAGGAAAAAUAUAGGGAAAGCUGCGAGUUCUGCACUGUAUCUGUGACACUGUAUGUGGGGAGGGGGAGGGAAGCGCAUUCAUAGCGGGAGGGGUGGCGGGAAGCUAGAAGUGUUCAAAUAUGUAUGAUAUUUUAUAUAAACAUAAUAAGCUUAGUUCCCCUUCAUAAUCUUCAGGAAUGGUACUUUAACACCAUUAAGCAAAGAAUUGUUUUAGGGUUAAAUAAAUGUAUUGUACAUAAGGCCAUACGUAAUCUUCUAAAAUAUGUCGCCAAACAGGAGCGAUGUGUAUUACUAUAUGAAAAAAGUCCUUAAUGCACUGUUAUCUCCUAAAUAUUUAGUAGUAAAUUAAUGCUAUUUAAUUUUUUUAAAAAUUUGUCUUGUGUAGACACUAAAAAGUAUUACACAAAAUCUGGACAGAACAUGUCCUUUUUAACAGCAAUUUAAAGAACUUUUUAUAUAUGUAAGGUAGUAACUUUUCAAAUUGUUCUAGUUGUAUAUUCCCAUGUUUACUAUUUGUGGAAGUGUGCCUGUCUCUACUCAGUUAUUUUUUAUCCUAAUAAUUUCAUGCACGCAUCUUUCAUUUUUGUAGUUUCCAUUAGAAAUUACUGUGUAUGCGCCUGGUGCUGCCACAAAACUUUGCCGCUCUAGAUCUGUGGUGGCCACAUUCAGCAGUGCCCGUGCCAAUGGGCUACCAAAACCACAAAGCAAAAUACUUGUUUCUCAUUCUAGAGUUGAGAGUUUACUGCUUUUAAGUUGUCCUGAUGUCACUCUUGAAAUGACUGUUAAAACUAAGCUAUGAGUUCAUUGCAUUUAUUUUAUAUUCUUGGUUGUAAUGAAAUGGAAUUGACUUUGCUUCAGUGUGAAUUUUUUUAAUAAAAUAAUAUACAUUUGUAAUAAUAAUAAAAAGUUCAAAUCAAAUAAGUGUGCAGAAAAGUUUCUGUAAACAUCAACUUUGGGCUACCAAUAGGGAAAAUACAGGCCACAAAAUUGCAGUUGUAAUUAUAUUCAGGAUGUUUAUGAUAUCAUACACCACACAAAGCUCGCAAAACCUCAGAGUUGAAAUCACAGCUUUUAAAAUGCCCAUGAGGAUAUUCAUGGGUAUGUAUCUAUCAAUAGAAUGAAACCUUAUGGAAAGCAGGAUUGAUGGAGUGUUCUCUUAGGUUUUGCUCUCUGCUUGUAAGUGUGCUGGCGUGCCACACCAAUGUCACUUGCUGAGAUUCGUUAUUACUUGUGUGACAACCCUAUAGAUGCAUCUUCUGAAAAAGAAAGCUGGUUUACUCUAUUCUGGAAAUAACUACCUUCCUACUUUCUCCUCCAGCUGGAUCUUGGAGCAUUUCAAGUAUUCCAGGUGGCAACAUGGAAAGCAUGAGCUAGAGCAUAUUGGUGGGUUUUCAAAGUGGGGUUUUGUGUGCUUUGCUAAUCUGUAUGUUUCUGUUCCAUCUAACUCUGGAUGGAUGGAUGGGUGGAUAACAACUUUCAAAAAUCCCGCUUGUCCUCUCUGUAACUGUUGCAUGGGUAAGAAUGAUUGGGGGGAUUUACUUGCACUACCAGUUGUCUAAGAAAGAGGCUUUGUUUUUUGAUGUACGCUUUACACAAGGGUGGGAAUAGGAGUGGCCUUUGUCAAAAAGUUUAGUCUGCAUCCCUGACACCUCGAGAUUAAGAGCUGUUCCUUCAGUCUCAGUGCAGCUGAGCAUUUCCAGCUCUGUAACCCUCAUAGUUUCUGCUUCUGUUGUCCUUUUGUUGAUAAGGUUGUGCUUAGUCAACAGCUUUGGCUUGGAUGUUUCUAAAACCUCCAGUGCCGGCUCUGUCUCAAUCUCUGUUCUUUUACUGCACAUUUCUCUCUCUUUUUCCUACCUGGUCAUGCAGUUUACAGUCUAAUCCAGCCUAAUCGUACUGAUUUGAAUUGUGGUGUCCCUUUUUCUGUCCUUGAUAGUUAAAUAACUUUGAUUUCACAGCCACUGAGAAAGUUGCAGAGUGGGUUGUUUAUUAAUCUCUUGCUUUGACUUGUUGCUUGCUUUGUGUUAUUGCCCCGGCUCUGCCAUCUCUGUUGCAUUAGUUGUAAAGCUUCUCUCUUCGCUUGACAUGACUGCCAAAGCCUGCUGUUACGCCAUCUCUCUUACUCAAAUCAAGACAUUAUGUAAGUUAUCUCUUGGUCUGAUUGUCCCACCAGGUCAGCCUCUGUGCCCUUCAUUUUUAGAUUUUUAAAUAAGCAUUUUUUAAGCUCUGUUUGCAAUUGCCUAUUGUUCCUGAAGAGCUGUUGCAUAAAUUUCUAAAAAAUUCCCUCCUAGGUGUCUUCUGCAAACCCCUUGGCUUUGAUGUCUACAGAAGUUUAGUAUUUUAAGCUACUGGUGUGCAAGGAGUCAUACCUAUUGUGUUAAUGGAAACUGUUCCAGUGUUCAUUUUGCCUUCCAGUCUGUCUGCAUCCAUCUGUCACCACCCUGCACGCCCCUCGCAAGCUCCCUGUGACAAGAACAGUAAUUUUGUUCUGAUACAGUAGCUUCGUGACUGGGGCUUGCAGCACUCUGAAAUACGAAUAAUAGUCACUGUAAUAUGGUGUUUUACUGCUGGACAAUACACAGUAGUAGUGUUGUCACUUUGCAUGUGCUGUUUCAACACAAAAAGCAUCAUGUUCGUGCCAAAUACCAAUUUCAUCUGGCUAAUCACAGAACCUGAGCAAGCAUUGUUUCAAUAGCCAGCGAAGGUUAAUGAUGGUUUACCUAUAAUGUUGUUUUAACAGGUAGGUCCAGCUUCUUUGUUUUCCAGAGAGGUUCAUGUUCUUGUUUAUGAUCACAGAAGAAACCAGAAGCUUUGGCUUAUUUUGGUGGUUUUAUAGUAAUUUAGAAAAUUAUUAUUGCAUAAUUACUACAAUGAUUCUUGUCAUUUGCAAGAAUUAUUUGUUAGAACAAGAGUUGUUGAGGUAGAUUAAAAUCACCAACAAGGUUAUGAAAGAUGUGUGUACAGUCAGAACUGAGCUGCUGAAAUUGCUGGGGGAGUACCACAGCUGUUAUGUAACAGAUUUCCAACUUAAUCCAGAGUAGGUGUUUAAAAAAUUAUUAUUGUUGUUAUUAUUACUAUUAUUAUUAUUGCAAGUCUGAAAGCAAUACCAAUAAUUUUUUAUAUAAUGUACUUGCCUUGGAAUAGGAUCCAUUUUUCCAGCUUGAUGUAUUGGCAUACUGAUACGUGUAUUGUCGGGACUAUAGCAAGCCAUUUCUGUGAUUAUUUUGUGUGUUCUUUGAAGCAUCUUGAAGAGGACAGACAGCCUGAGAGUAUUUAACUUCUAUAUGUGCAUUGCAUGCAUAGAACACAUGGCUGAAUGAAGUAUUCAGCAAUACAUUCCCUUAGCUAAAAUGUCUUAUAAUCAUGUUCAGCAAGAAGUUGUUUGAAUAAAGCUGGUGUUUGAAAUCAUUACAGAAAUCAUUACCUGUGCCCCACUCCAUUCCCAGAAUGGAUUUUUGCUUGUACUCUCAGUAAAUGUGAUAUGAAUUAGUAAAGGAAAAUCUGAAUUUUAAAUAUUACUUAAAAAAAAAUAAAUCAGUUAUUUGCUACUGAAUCUUGGGUUCGAUGUGGUAGCCAGCAAUAAUACCUUUUAUGCAAUCGCCGUCCCACAAGACAUCAUGUCUUAAGUAUCAAAAAACCCGAUAUGUGAAGCACUGAAGAAAGGAAUUCUUCAUACCUAUGAGCAGCAGACAAAGUUUUAGUUAUGAACCAAAUAUGCCAAGUGAUGUAUGGCUCAGACAUCCUUUCCAUGGCCUGCAUGUAAGCCUACACUGGUAAGAUUCUUCCCUGUAUCCACAAAUAGGAAUUCCCUGGGAUGUUACGGAGGGAAAAGAAGGAGUGGAAGUGUGCAGCCUUUUGAUUUUGUAACAAAAUUUUAAUGGUAUCAAGUUUAGGUAUCUGAAGUUCUCCAGAUCAUAAUGAAAUUCUACAUACUUUUAAAUAUGUAUUUUUAACAUUUGUUAAAAAUGUUUUCUACCCUUAUCUGGGCAAUGUGGCACAGCCCUGCUCUGAAAAGAUAACCUCAACUCUGCAUGUGUGACCUGGUCAGGGGCACGGUUGUCAAUUCAGAGUCUUGCAGACAAUUUACACACGUGGACACUGAACUUUAACCUGUAAGCUCAGGUCACACAGGUGUGUGGAGAAGCAAUUAGCUUUUACAGAAAACACACUUCCUUGGCUGAAAGGUGAGCCAGGGAACUGCAAAAUUCAAGGCUUAAAGAUACUGCAAAAUUAAAGGCUUAAAGAUACUGCAAAAGGCUCCUGUGGCCCCCCAGUUUGACAGACAUUGUUAUGAGAUGAUUGUAAAUUAUCAGGUAGUAGUAUUGCUGCUAGGCUGUGCAGUUCUAAAACAUCUAUUGUUCUAAAACAUCUUGCCAUUAUUUAGUAUCAUGUGGAAUGAGUGACUUGUGAAAGUAUAAUUAUGAUUUUCAGUUUUCAACCUUUUGUAAUUCGAUGACUUGUUUUUGCAGUGGUACAGAAGAAGGAAGGACAGUUUCCAGUAGUUUGGUUUUGGCAGUAAGACUCAGUACAUUAACUUGCUAAGGAAGAGGAACCAAAGGAGAUCAAGCUUCUCCCUUGCUGGUAUCAUCCUUCCUCUGCAGCGGAGGAGAUUCAAGGAGGCAUAUCAUACUGUGACAUUGUGUAGUAACUGCAGUUCUUGGGAAACACUUGCUUUUGAAAGAGAAAUAUUUAUACGUGCAGCAUCACAACGGUAGAAAGUAUACUCAACAAAGUUGAUAGGAGUGCGUCACCUUUACAAAAUUCCCUGCACAUAGCAAGCAGACUGACUCGACCACGUUGAGAAGUUUAUAGACUUUGGUCUUCCACCCAUAAAUAUGUGAAAAUCUGCAUAGUUUCUGGUUUCAGAAUACUUCCCCUGGUAAUAAUGGAGCUUUUCUUUAAACAUCUGAAAGUUUUCUUGUAGCUUGCAGUAUCCCACAAGCAUAGAAAUAAAUCCCUACUCAUUUAAGAAACCAUGGGGACAUCUACUAACACACCCUGGUGGUAUGUCCCAGUGAGGAUUAUCAAGAGUUGCUUCUACAUCAUGUUGCUGCUAGAUGAAAGCUGGACUUCCCUUGUGACUUUGAAACAGUUGGUUCUGGGAAGCAGGAGGGAAACAGCUUCUCUUAUCGUCCACCGUGAUAUUAGAGGUGUUUUAAGUGCAUUUGGGUCAUCUGAGAGUGUGAUGUGUAUCAUGUGUGAACAGUGGCCAUAAGCUUCCAACUCCAAGAACUCAAUCUCACACGAUAACAUUUACAUAUAUUGUCUGUGGAGAAGUGCUCAACUGUGACUUGCUAAUGUAAAUCUUAUAAAAUACUUGUCAGUGGAUCAUGUGUGCCGGAGGACAUAAGGAACAACCUGCCAGCUCAAUCAGAACCAGGCAUGUUCCCUUCCCACCUAACGUGCCAAGCUCAUAAAUCAGUCGCAGUGCGUCAUGCUUUUAUUAAUACGCAGUGGUUGUGCUAUUCCAAGACUGCGUUAUCGCUGCUGCUUCUUGUGCAUCAGAGAUGUGGUAAUCCGUCUGUGUUCCGCCUAGCUCCUUUGGGAUAUUUCGUGUGUGGCUGUGCAGCGCACUGGCCUUGACUCUGGAUAGUCUAUACGUUACCUUGAAAAUGAACUCAAAAGAGCACCACAGCAGCAUUCAGGCUUGUCCUUGUGUGGGCUGAAGUUUCUUUACAUGUGACAUGGCAUGCUUACGGAGGGGACACAGGAAGAGACUGGGAAUUACUCCUUCUGUGAGAUUAGGGAUGCUUUCUGGAUAUGCUACAUGUGAAUAUGAAAACAAAGUGCACUUUUGCUUUGGUAUUUCAGGAUCUUGCUGGACAGCUGAAUUGCGAGAGUACGCAUGUUUAAAUUAUUAGGAUAUGUCCUAAGUUUGUAUAGGCCAGCAUGAUUAAUAAAACUGGGUUGACAUUGA